CUUGCUGGGUCGACAAAUUCUCCAACACUGCAUCGAGCCGAGCCAAAACUAUAUUGAAAGCAGAACGCUUAGUUCGGUUCAGACAGCAUUGAGAAGACAACACGAAAACAGAAAAUAAACAAUAAUAUUUAUUAAUAUAAAAAUUAUGAAAUUCAUAAACAUUGAGUACACAAAACGUGAAAAAUAUAAUUAACAAACAUGCAAUUGGUCAAAACACAACGAUUGUGAGCGCAAUAUAAAAUCAAUUAAUUGCAUUGCAGCAGCAUUGAGUAGACAAAAAACCGUCGAGUGCAACACAAACGUGCGGGCAUACAAACAAAAGCAUAAAAAAAAGAAAUUUGUAAUUUGUAGUAAUAUAUAACGGUUUAUUUUUUGUUGUCUUUGUAAUAUGUCACCUAUCGCGACAAUGUCUAACGUUUGUUUUUGCUUUUACACACUGGCAUUACUGCUAGUUUGGGUGAUUGUCAUUACAACGGCCGCGCCGCCCGAUCAGAAAUCCACCACACUUACGAAAUUUUGGGGUAAGAGUCCUGCGCAGGAGCAACGCUUGGAAAACAGCUGCAAAUCGCUGUGUGAACAAUGCAGUUGUAUGGGUUUCUAUUGCGGCGAGCAGUGUCUGUGUGAAUAUGACAAGCGUUUAAGUAAUCGCGGAGAUAGUGCCAGACGUAACGGCACAAAAGUCAACACGCGCUCGGAGGGGGAGUGCAUUGCCGCAAUGCAAAGUAAGGCUCGCAAACAGAGUCUGCCUUUCGAUGUACUCAUACAGGGACCAAGUAGUGAGCGUUUCAUACGUACCGCCAUGAAAUACGAAAUGGAUAAGGCGCGCGCUGCGGCCAUGCUGAGGAAUACGCCACCCAAGCGCACCACCAUCGCUAUUUAUCAGCCAUAUACGCCUGCAAGGGAUAAAACAUGGAGAUCGAUGGAAGCGCGUAAUCGUCGCUCAACGGAUCAAUUGGAUUGGUUUAGCGAUUUCGCGAAUACCUUAGUGCGUCCUGCGCCGCUACGCAAGACUGAUGACGCUAGCGGCAAUAAGAAACGUGAAACGCAGGGCAACGAAGAUGACUCUGUAGCCGAGAAACCCGAUUCAUGGUUUAGCGAUCAUGCCAAUCGUUUGUUACGGCCAGCGCCUAUUUUCCGACGACAUAAACCCCAGAAAGAGAUGAGUGAAGAGCUGGAAGACGAGCCGCGCGACUCACAGGAAACUGCAAUGCCACGCGUUGGACACCUAAUAAAGAAUACUAUCAGAAAUAUACAGGAAUCGGAUUUUGGCGAAAGCUUACGCACCGGUCUGCGUGAUAGCAGCGAUCUCUUGCAGAACACUCUUCAGAGCAGUAAUUUAGAACUGAUUCCCAAGCGCUUUCGUAACGACUUCGUUGAGGUGUUCGAUACAUGGCUGAAGAAUCAGCAAGUCACCGAACCAAGUGUGGAGGUAUCUCCGGUGCCGCCGCGCACAUCAUCACAUCUUUUCCUGCCUUGGUUCCGUCCUGUGCGCUUCCUGCAACACGUGCAACAAGCGCUUAACUAAGUACGAACCUCCCUAACACAAGGACACUUCAUAUAUUUCGUAUGUCACUUUUAUUUAUUGAAAUAUUACGAAGAUUUGGAUAGGCUUACGCUUUAAUAUUAACUUGUAUUCGUAAAUGUGUAUACAAUCUUCUAGAUAUAUUUAUAUUUAUAACAAUAUGUACACUGACGCACUUUGUACCGUUAUUCUUUUUAAUAAAGCCAUCACAACUUAGAAAUGUA